GCUCCACGCCCUGUUCUCCGCCAUUCCAAUCAGCGUCUGUGUCUUCCAAAGAACCCAAAGCGGUGGAAAGCGAAAGCUAGGGUUAGGGUUUGUGAAGAAAGAAGAAAAAGAAGAAGAUGAGUUCAGGUGGGGGAUCAACGAAGGGUGGGCGAGGAAAGCCCAAGGCAUCGAAGUCUGUGUCUCGGUCUCAGAAGGCGGGUCUUCAGUUCCCCGUCGGUAGAAUCGCUCGAUUUCUAAAGGCCGGAAAGUAUGCCGAGCGAGUGGGCGCCGGAGCUCCGGUCUACCUCUCUGCUGUCCUCGAGUACCUCGCUGCCGAGGUGUUGGAGCUAGCUGGGAAUGCGGCGAGAGAUAACAAGAAGAACAGGAUAGUGCCAAGGCACAUACAGUUAGCAGUGAGGAAUGAUGAGGAGCUGAGCAAGUUGUUGGGGUCAGUGACCAUUGCCAAUGGAGGGGUUUUGCCAAACAUUCACCAGACUUUGUUGCCUAAGAAGGUGGGUAAAGGGAAAGGGGAUAUUGGUUCUGCUUCUCAGGAGUUUUAGAAGCCACCCAGCCUUAUGUGAUGUACAAUGGUUUUUUCUUUUUGGGUUUUCUUUUUAACAAUGUAUUAUGAUUUUAGGGGUAUAGCUCCUCUUGGGGCAUAUGAAUCAAAGUUCUACAGUUUUGAUGGGUGAA